CUUCCAACAGACGUUCCCAGUGGAGUGUUGAAUUUUUAGCUCCCAAAGAAAGCUCUCAAGAAUGAUAAAGUUCCAUAAAAAACUUUCAUUUCUGUGGUGGAUACUCUUCAUCAUCACCAUCAAAGCUCUUCCCUUAAAUGCUAAAAGUAUUCCAUGCAAUCUGCGAGAGUAUCCAAAUGGGUACGUUUGUGUGUGUAGCAAAACAAAUUGUGAUUUUCUUGACGAAAAUGUUGAUAAUCCCGGCGAAUCGGACAUCGUAAUAGUCACUUCAAGUCAAGCUGGUUUGCGAUUCAAUGUAAGCAAAUUUUCUUGGCCAACAUCUUCCACCGAGAACUUCAUUAUUGGUGACCUAGUUGAGAAGGUGCCACAAGUAUCCCUUGUGGGUGGUUUCAUUGGGAAUUUAUUUGGUGAUUUACUGGAUUUUCUCAAUCAAAAUCAAGUGAAUGUGAAUGUCGAUCCCACCGUGAAGUAUCAGAAAGUUGUUGGCUUCGGUGGUGCUUUCACGGGGGCAGUUUCCCACAAUUUAGAUCAACUUUCACCUGAACUACAAGAUUUGCUCUACAAAUCCUACUACUCACGUGCAGGAAUUGGUUAUAAUUUUAUGAGAAUUCCUAUUGGUGGAUGUGACUUUGAUCUACAGCCAUGGGCGUACAAUGAGAAUCCCCAAGAUGAUGCUCGUCUAUCGAAUUUCUCAAGCCUCGAUCCCCGCGAUGUGGAGUUAAUUAACAAAAUCAAACACCUUCAAGAUGUCUCUGGAAAUCGUAAUAUUAAAUUCCUCGGAAGUGCUUGGAGUUCACCCAUAUGGAUGAAGACUAAUAACGAUUGGACAGGAGCUAGUUCUCUGAAGGAGGAGUACUACCAAACAUGGGCAGACUACCACGUGCGCUUUAUUGAUUUAAUGGCCAAGAGUGGUGUUAAUUUGUGGGGCAUUACGACUGGCAAUGAGCCAAUGAAUGGCGUGAUUGGGUGGUUGUUUGUACAUUUUAUGAGUCUGGGAUGGACAGCACGUCCCCAGGCCGUCUGGGUUGCGGAUCACUUAGCGCCAGCACUCCGGAACAGCUCAUACGGGAAUGUGAAGAUUUUCGCGGGAGAUGAUCAACGCUACACCUUCCCGUGGUGGUUUAACGAAAUGGUUGAUGCUCGACCAAAUGUGAUGAAUGAUUUAGCUGGUUUUGCCGUGCAUUGGUAUUGGGAUCGUUUUGUACCACCCCUUGUCUUGGACACCACACACAAAACCUUCACUAAUAAGUUGAUCCUCAAUACUGAAUCUUCAAUUGGGGAUAAACCUCUUCAGACACAUGGACCUAUCUUGGGAUCCUGGGCUAGGGCUGAGGAGUAUAUUACAGCCUACCUGCAGGAUUUGCAGCAUUCAGUCAAUGGGUGGAUUGAUUGGAAUUUGCUGCUGGAUGAACAAGGAGGGCCCAAUUAUGUGAAUAACUUUGUCGAUUCGGCCGUUAUUGUUAACAAAACCGCCGAUGAGGCCUACAAGCAGCCACUUUUCUACGCAAUUGGGCAUUUCUCGCGAUUUAUCACGGAGGAUUCAGUCAGGAUCAAAGUUUCAUCGAGUGAUUCACAUGUGGAGGUUGUUGGUUUCCAGAGACCCGAUGGCCGAAUUGUUCUUGUGAUCUACAACAAGAAGGAGCAUGCAGUUAAGGUUGUUCUCAAUAUUCCACUGAGAACUGCCGUAAAUGUUGCAGUUCCGGGAAAAUCAAUUCAUUCUGUAAUUUUCUUUGAGAAAAAAUCAAUUUUAAAUGUUCUUCCUUAGAGACAACGGACAAGUAUUCAAAGCACUUAAGAAAAAUUAAAUGAAGCAAUUUUGCCUAAAAUGGAGCGUGAAAAAAUUUUUAAAAUAAAAGACAAUCCCUUUGGGAAAAUAAACAGAA